AUGGCGACGCCUCCCGAGUUCUUCAGCAAGUUGAGAGCUUUGAGGCCAGCACAUGAAUUGACUUCGGGGGUAGCAUUCGUUGCCAUUCUACAGCAUGACAAACUGCCCAACAAAAGCUUCCAACAACAUGACGCCUUGUGGAUUAAGUGCCCAAAAGGUAAAGAAUUAAGCUCAUUGCUGAAGGCCUACAAAAAGAGACAUCCAUUGGCUGGUGACCUCGUACUCAGACAUAAUUUCAAGAUCGUUGAUGAAACGACUAAAAUCUCCUCACUUCUUACUUUACCCUCGGAUGACUUUGUCGCUCUUGAAGCCAUCCUUGUGGACGACUUGAACAAGAGAACGAACCCACCGCACGCUUCGCGCACUGCUCUUGCCGAAGUCACAAACGCUGCAAAUCGCCGUAGAAGCCAGAGCGAUGUGUCAGUCAAGGACACAGCAGCUGUUCCUUCUAGGCUAUCCGUCAAGGAGGAAUUGGUGCCACCUCCACAGCCUCAAGACGACCCCAGCCCGCCAAAAGCCGACUUAGCUGAAGACAAAUGCUUUCACAUGGACCUCGAAGACGGGACUUCGGCUCCCCAAGAAGGUUCGGCUGCUCGCCUUACUAUGUCGGAGCUCUUUGACGGUCGAACGCCAGAGCAACUUGAAAAGAGUGUUGAGAAGGGCGCGGAGUUGCUGAAUGAUAUCCAAAAGAUUCUUCGACAACGACCCAACGAAGAAGCCAACCAAUGGAUUCAGGCCUUAGAGAAAGUUCAAUCCCAGGCAGCACGUUCGCGGACCGUGGUAGGAGUUGUGGGGGCUACGGGUGCUGGAAAGAGCUCGGUCAUCAACGCCAUGCUGGACGAGGAGCGCCUAGUCCCCACGAAUUGCAUGAGAGCCUGUACAGCAGUUGUCACGGAAAUCAGCUACAACUACGACGAUAGCAUCCCAUACCGCGCCGAGAUCGAAUUCAUUUCCCGAGAGGAUUGGCACAAGAUGCUUAAAGUAUUGUUUCAAGAUCUGCUUGAUGGUUCCGGCCAAGUGUCUCGCGAGUGUACCAACGAAGACUCGGAAAGUGGCAUUGCCUAUGCUCAAGUGAAAGCGGUGUACCCAAAGCUGACCAAGGAGGAGAUGGCAAAUGUCCCCAUCGACCGUCUAAUGGCUCACGACAAUGUUAAAUGUUUAGGCACUACCCGAAAGGUUGAGAACUACGACGCAUCGGAUUUCUACAAGAGCUUGCAGGCUUACGUCGACAGUAAGGAAAAGUCAGGUGCUAGGAAAGACAAUGGGGAAAAAGAGAAGCGCAAGCCACGAGAAAUGGAGUUCUGGCCACUAAUACGAGUUGUCAGAUUGUAUGUCAAGGCUGCUGCUCUUGCCACAGGUGCUGUCAUUGUGGAUCUACCAGGUGUCCACGACAGUAAUCAAGCACGUGCUGCCGUGGCUCAAGGCUACAUGAAGCAAUGUACCGGUUUAUGGAUCGUUGCACCAAUUACUCGAGCUGUCGAUGACAAGUCUGCGAAGAAUCUGCUUGGCGACAGCUUCAAGCGACAGCUCAAGAUGGAUGGAGGCUACAACUCUGUCACAUUUAUCUGUAGCAAGACGGACGACAUUUCAAUCACUGAAGCCCAGGACUCGCUAGGACUUGAAGAUGAGUUUGGCCCUCUGAUGACCACCUGGGAAGAGCUGAGACGGAACAAAGGAGCCUUGAAGCAGCAAAUCGAAGGCCUUAAAGCUACCAAGUCUGACAUCAAUGCAGCCCUCGAAUCUCAGGAUGAGGAAGUUGAGCUCUGGGAGAAACUUCAGGAGGACCAUCGGGGUGGGCUGACGGUCUAUCAACCCAAAGCGGCGACCCAGAAGCGCAAGCGGGUGGAAGUUUCAAUUCCGUCAAAGAAGAAAUCCAAGUAUACAGAGCCUGACUCUGACGACGACUUUAUCGAUGACGAUGAUACACACGACUCCAAUAGCGAUGGAGGAUCGGAUUAUGCGUCAUCCCUCGACAGUGACGAUCCUGGUAGUCCUCUUACUGAAGAUGAUAUCCAAACGAAGAUUACGGAGCUUCGAAUGAUGAAGAAAGAAGGACGACGACAAAAGAUGCAAGUCGAUGAGGAGAUGAAGAAUCUGCGAAAGCAGAUUGAGGAGAUUGACCAAGAAAACGAAGCUAUCGAUGCUGAGCUAUCUGCGAAGUGUAUCUCAGGCCGCAACGAGUACUCAAGAGCCGCUAUCCGACAGGACUAUGCUGCAGGGAUUCGUGAACUCGACCAAGAGCUGGCCGAGGAAGCAGAUGCUGCAAACUUUAAUCCCGAGGUCGACGCUCGUGACUACGACGAGGUCGCACGCAACCUCCCCGUGUUCUGCGUCUCUUCUCGUGCUUAUCAGAAAUUGAAGGGCAGACUCCAGCGAGAUAAGACACCUCCAGGCUUCAAGAACAUCGAGGAUACCGAAGUGCCCUCACUUCAAGCCCACUGUAUACAACUGACGACAGCAGAUCGUCAAAAUUCGGCUCGGAGGUUCCUUAACAGCACGUUUCAGAUUCUGAACUCGUUAAGGCUAUGGGCUUCUAAUGACGGAACUGGUAACAAUCUUACCGACGAUCAGGCAAUGCACGAGGCUCAGAUCUUGAAAGACAAGCUGAAAAAGCUUGACUCUGCACUCGAGAACUUGGUUACAAACGUCAUCACAAGUAUGGACAGCGAGCUCCAGGAGAAGAUCUACGAUGCGUUCCCAAGUGCGACUGCGGCGGCGAAAUCAUUGGCAAACGACACCGUAAGGCAGUGGGGUGCACCCGUCAAUCGAGAGAAUCGUGCAGAAGGGGGUCUUUACUGGGCAACUUAUAAAGCUGUGGUACGACGCGAUGGUGUCUUUGCGAAUGGCUGGCGCUCUGUUAAUUUCAAUGCAGAGCUUGUGGACCCGAUUCUUCGGACCAUGACCGGACCCUGGGAGUCGGUCUUUGCACGCAGAAUGCCCAGCAUGCUCAGCUCUCUUCCGCUCAAUGUGAGCGAUAUGCUCAAGACAUUUCACAAUGAAGUCGAACAGCGUGCCCUCCACAACGGUGCUUCUAUUGCAGCAUUCCACAUGCUCAAGCACCAGAUCCCAGGGUAUAAAGAGACGCUCAAAGAUGCAAUGGUCGAGGCUCGGCGCAAGAUCACGGAGAAGCAACGGGAGAUCAAUCGUGAAUUCGAACCUCACAUUGCUUCCCAUAUGCUACAAAUCUACGGCACAUGCGUUCGAGAAUCGGGCUCCGGCCAGUACGCCCGUAUGAGAACUCACAUGAACGAUUACGUUGACCGGGAGAAAGAAUCGAUGUUUGAGGGAUCGGUUCGACAUGUGCAAGCUCUCAUACAAGGCAUGCUAAAGGAACUCAAGGAAGAGCUGCUUACAAAGGUUGACGCUAUCUUUAUGGCUGUUCAGAGGGAUUAUACCGGUGUCAUUUCUGGCAUUGGGGCCAACCACGAAACCAAUGCUCUUCCUCGUGAACAACGAACACUGCGAAAAUCGAUCGUCGAGAUUGUUGACAGCGCUGAGUUGGUAUUCAAGCGAGCUCUCGGCCUCGAACCUGAACGGGAUUCUGAGCUUAAUCCUGAGCCUGAAGCUGCAAAUGAGACAGCUCCACAACCUAAGACCGAGGUCGAAAAGGCUGGAUCAUCCGGCCGUAUCAAAGAAGAAUUCAAAGAUGACAUCAUGAUUGAUGCCAGUGUCGAAACAAACACCAAUGAGCUCUUGGCUGACCUGAAGAGUUCUGGUUUGGACAAUGCGGUUUCAUCUCAAGAACAGAAGACUGCUUCUCUCAAGCCUCUUCGACCAACACAUCAUGAAGCUGGACCCGUCAAGGCCGAGCAAGAUUCUAUUUGA